AUGAUUGCAUCUUUACAAAGUUCAACUAGAUCCAAGCUGGUGGCGACAGUGGCGAAAGUAGCAGUAGUCAACAAGCAACAACAAAGAGCAUUCACCAAAUCAAUUUCACCCUCUGCAUUGAACAACCAUCACAUUUACGAUUAUACCACCACCACCAACAACAACAACAACAAAUCAUUGCCAUUGUUUGAUUUCUUUGCCCAAACCAAGCCUCAGCAAUCAUACAAGCUUGGCCAUGGCGCAGCUGGAUUUGCUAAAAAGAGAUCCAACACCGAGACAUCUGUCAUUACCUCUUCAUCCUGGUCAUCUGAAAGUGCUCAAGUGGGUGAAGACGCUUAUUUUAGACGUUCUGAUGCCAUUGGCGUUGCUGAUGGAAUUGGUGGCUGGCAGCAGACUGCAGGUUCAAACUCGGCUUUAUAUUCUAGCCAACUGAUGCAUUACGCUAACCUCGAAAUGGACAGAUUUGAGGAUACUGAAGAUCCCAUGUUCUUUGAAUACAGCCAAACCAAUCCUGUUGACAUUUUGCAACGUAGCUAUGAACAAAGCUUAGUGGAAGCCAAAAAGAGCAAUGUGCUUGGAUCUACUACCGCUUGUAUCGCCGUGUUACGCCAUGAUGAAUUGCGAGUGGCCAAUAUUGGAGAUUGUGGCAUUUCUAUCAUCCGUAACAACCAUUACAUCUUUCGCAGCGAGGAACAACAGCAUGCAUUCAACUUUCCAUAUCAAUUGGGCAUUCGAUCCCGAGAUCAGCCUCACCACGCGCAAUCUUUCAACAUCAAGGUCAAGAAGGGCGAUAUUAUCAUUAUGGGCACAGACGGCUUGUACGAUAAUCUGUUUGAUAAAACCAUCUUGAGUUUGGUUCGAGACCAUGUGCAUGCACACACAAUUCCUGGAAAUGCCCAACGACCUCCUCGUGUGAGAAACCUGCAGCCUCAAAUCCUGUCUGAUAUCUUGGCAAAUGCAGCGAAAGAAGUAAGCGAAUCCAAACGCAAUGUAGAUACCCCUUUCCAAAGACGGGCCAUGGAGGAAGGUCUUUUGAUGGAAGGUGGUAAAGCAGAUGAUAUCAGUGUCAUUGUUGCAGUUGUUCGAGACUGUGAAGACUCUCCUGAUCGUCGUCUAUAG